AUGAAGGCUAGCAAACAAAUUCUCCAACCAGGAAAAAAAAACUGGCUCUCCCUGACCACCCCCGGCCCCCACAACGGUACCACGAAACCGCCCCCCCCGCCCCCGGCCCACUCAGCUCCGCCCCCUCCCCCCCCAACGGCCGCCCACAGCCCCCCAACGGCCGCCCCCCACCAACGGCCGCCCACGUCUCGCGCAGCAACCCCGGGAGCGCCGCCGGCCAAUCAGCACGCGGCAGCCCCUGACAGGCAGCGAGGGGCGGGGAGCGAAGCGCCGUCUAAUUGGCCGUUUCCCACCAAGCUGCCCAAUCAGAGAGUGCUUUGCAUAAGCGGGCUGAGCCAAUCGGAGGGGCGCUUCUUCUUCCGCUCUGGUAGUUUGAAACCGUCGCGUCCAACGGCCGGCGCCGGCAGUUGCCCGCAGGAUGAGUACGAAGAGCUGCUUCGUUAUGCUGUAGUGACUCCAAAGUUUGGACAGUGUUUCCUGAAGUGGUCAGAACCUGUCUCCGACCUGAGAGCAGGUGGCCGAUUUCCAAGUGUAACAGAUGAUGCCAUAUACUGUAAGACUCCAGACCUUAUGUCAGUAAAGGAGCCUUCUGAGGCCAAUAUGGAUCGGCUUUGUCCUGUUUCAGAAGAGACAUCUUCACAAGGGUCCACAGAUAUUCCAAGAGAAAUCGAUGAAACCACAACAACUGAAUUAACUGUACCUGAUGAAAAAAUAACUCAAAUAGAAAAUAUACUUGAUCUCUGGAGUGGCAGUCUUAAGACAAAUGUUCUGACUGAAUUGAGAAAAUGGAGGCUGAAUUUUAUUGAAUAUCACAAGCUUCAAAUGAGACAAGAAAAAGAGAAACAUGCUGCACAUGUGAGACAAUUGACCAAUCAGAUGGAAAACUUGAAAGAAUUGCUACACACAUAUGAAAUCUCUAUAGGCAGAAAAGAUGAGGUGAUUACUAACUUGACCCAAGCAUUAGAAAUGAAGAAGGAGAGAAUAGAGUUAAUGAGAAAGUUUACAUUGUGGCGGAUUCAGCAACUUAAAGCCAAACAAGAGGAAUACGCGAACAGAAUAGCAGACAGACAAUUCCAGGCAGCUUUGAAGAAGAAAGUAUGGACAGCGUGGCGCUCUCUUAGUGAAGAAAGAUGGAAAGAAAAAGUAGCAAAAGCCUGUCAGCUAAGGGCAGAAGAUGUCUGUGUUCAGCUCACCAAUGAUUAUGAAGCCAAAAUUGCAGAGCUAACUGCUACUUUGGAGCAAACAAAAGCUGAGAUUCUGAGACUGCACAGUGAAAGAGAACAGUAUGAAGACACCAUGAAGAAAGCCUUCAUGCGUGGUGUAUGUGCCUUGAAUCUGGAAGCAAUGACCAUGUUUCAGGGCAAGGACAGCAGGACAGAUCCUGAUACAGGAAGUAGGAGAGAUGAUAAUGGUGCCAUUGUUGCAGGAAUACUACCUCCUUCACAAUACAAUCCCCCCUCACCACCACCUCCACCAGCAACUGCUCUUCAGAUGGAUGACUUGUUUUCUACCCAUCUGGGUCAUGCAAGCACUUCUCAGACCAGGCUAGAUUCUGAUUCUCCAGUAAUCAUCAGUAGCACAGCUGCAGGAUCUGGGGUGACAUCAACUCAAAAACUGCCCAUGGCAAAAGUGAUAACAUCUGCUCAGCAGAAAGCCGGAAGAACAAUCACUGCUCGAAUCACAGGCCGAUCUGAUAUGGGACAAAAGCACAGAAUUUGUGGUAGUUUAGCAGUGAUGGGAGUUGCUCCACCCAUGAGUUCAGUCAUUGUUGAAAAACACCAUCCAGUCACUCAGCAAACCAUAUCCCAAGCCACUGCUGCUAAAUAUCCUCGAACUGUGCUCCAUUCUUCUGGUUCUACUGCUGUGAGACCUGCAGGACAACUUGGACGAAUGCUUCAGAACCAAACUCAUACCAGUGUUCAGUCAAUAAAAGUUGUUGACUGAGUGAAUAUCCUUUACACUGGUGGGAAGUUUUAUCAAGAUACAAUUUAAACCUCUUCCCAGUCCUUUCAAAUUUGAUGUAGCAAGGCCUAAAUUAUGUAUCAUGUUUUUACCCUUAAAAAAAGAAGUGUUUAUAGUAAGCAUCCAGAGGGGGAAAAUGACCUUGAAAUGUUGUUCUACCUCCCAACUAUUUGAGAACUUAUUUUAUUAAGAUAAACACUUUAUUUAAAUAAUCUUUUUGCACACUUUUAAAUAAAGGAUAAAAUGUGA